UGGCUGCUCCCACAUGAAAGUCAAAUUCGACAAUGCUUUGAUUUAUUAAUUGAUCAAUUCCUUCACUUUUGUAUUUCCAAUUAUCGUUAGAAAUAUUUAGUCUCGCGUCUUCAGAAUGUUGGCCAGCACGCUCGCCCGCUCUCUGCAGCGUCUGACGAUUCGGGUUGCCGCGGCGACGCAGCCGUCUCUGCGACCGUCGCUAACAACAACCGCCGCCUCCAGUCGUCUGCUACCGGCAGCGAGCCUGCAGCAGACGCCGUCCUUCGUCGCUCAGAGCUCUGCGCCGCUAGCGAGAGGUUUCCACACGACGACACCGCUGUGUAAAAAGCUGAGAGGACGCAAGCACAAGGUUCACCUGCGGUUUCAACGGAGGGUCAUCGUUACGAAGAUGCCGGCGUCGGGGUACACGACAAAGGCACUGCCAUGCACGAAGACGGGAGGGCGAGAUCUAGUGACAGGUCGGGUCGUUAACCACAGAAGAGCCGGGGGAAACAAGGUUAAAUUCCGAAUGGUUGACAUGCAUCGCAUAGGACCAACGGAAGGCGAACCGCUCCAAGAAAAGGUGAUGUCCAUACACUACGACCCGCUGCGGAGCGCGAAGAUAGCGCUGGUUGCCGGGGGCGACAAGAAACGCUUCAUCCUGGCGACGUGUAACAUGAAGGCCGGCGACAUCAUCAACACGUCCGGUCACAUUCCGCGGAUACCAGUGAAGGCAUACGAAGGAGAUGCCUACCCGCUAGGGGCGCUACCGGUCGGUACGGUCGUCUGCUGCGUUGAGCGUUACCCCGGCGACGGCGGAAAGGUGGUGCGCGCCGCGGGAACGUCGACGACGAUCCUCCGGCGCGUUGCCGGCGGCGACGUGAUCGUUCAGCUUCCGUCGCGGCGCGAGAUGCGCGUGAGCGAGCGAUGCGUCGCGGUCGUCGGCCGCGUCUCCAACCCGGACCACGACAAGCUGACGCGCGGCUCGCCGCAGGCAAGCAGGUGGCUCGGCUACCGUCCGAAGAGUGGCUGGAGGCAGAAGAAGACUGGUUACCACGGACGCAAGCUGCGGCGGCCGAAGCCGGCGAGGGUGUACGACGCGCCGCCCGUGCGAGCGUACAGCGUACACCAGCUCAACCUGUGAUCAUCACCACCAGGCGGCAGCAGCGGGCGGUCGAGGAGCGGGGAUGGAUGCGGCGGGUUAACGUGGAGACGGACGUGGAGUGGAGGUAGGGAGAUGUGGCGGUGGCAGCAGUAGGCAGCAGUAGCAACAGAGGUAGGGGUUAACACUGUAGCAGGGUCGAGGAAAAGACGGAAAUAUCGUAAAGUUACUCGUGAGUUUCACGAGCCAUCUCAGAGUGUCUCGUACGCAGUGUAUAGAG